AUGCCCUUACCCUGUGAAAACAUCCUGCUGAGAGCCCUGAGAUGUAUUUCUCUCUGGUCUUCAUCAUCUAAGCCAUCAUCAGAUGCCAACUUCAGAAGUUUGGCUGACCUUCUUUCUCUCUCCCUGCAGGGGUUGAAGCCUGAUGAUGUCACAAAAGCCGGCCUGUUUGCAGAUUUGGAUGAGCACAAAGUGUUGAGUAAUCCAGCCUCCUCCAGCCAGGACAGAGCCAUGGCCAGACUGAUUAGCCACAAGGCUCUGAAAGCAAAACUGGACACGGUCAGAGCCAAAUUCAGCAUCGUUCCUGACCAGAAAAUGGUUUCUCACAUGAAGAAAACUGUGAAGGACAAACAACCAGGACACAAGGCUAAGAAAACUGCUGACAAAACAGAACAGAUGAAAACAGGAAACAGACCAGCAGAAAACACAGGAAAAACACAGACACAAACUGACUCAACUGUUGAAAACACUGAGCAAAUGUCUGAUGUCAUAGUUGGGCAGACUAGUAGUCAUGGUGAGAGCAGUGUAAGUGAUGUUGGUGAGGAGGGCAAAAUCCACCAAAGUACGAGCGAGACAAAGACAUUGACAGAGUCUCCAAGCACUGUGGAGAUUGAUGUAAGUACAAGAAACUCAGAAAGUGAAAGUGAAGAUGAUGAAGAAGACAGUGAGGAGGAGAUGGAGGAGGAUGCUGACAGUGAGAUGGAAGAAAUCUCCAGUCAGAUGACGGAAUCUCCGACGGAAAGCAAAACUGAAUCACAAGUAAAUCUUAGUGAAAGCAGGGAAACAAAUGACCAACUGUCGACAAAAAGAACUGAACCUUCGACUGCGAAGAGAAAGGGUCCCAGAAAAGCAGCUUGUGAUGCUGAGGAAGAUGAAGAUGCAGAUGAGGAGGACAAAGAGGAGACAACAGUGACUGAAGGAGAUGACAUGUUCCUUAGAGAAGGGGACCCAGACCCAGAGGAAGACACGGACGGUAGAAAAACGACGCCUGACUCCGGAGGAGGUUUGGGAGUACCGGCGGUGGCGAGGGCGCUUCCGGGGGAGUCUCUUUUCAUUGGGAGUCUUUCUGGGGGCAGGAGAGGAAGACAUGUUAAGAAGGGGAAAUUUGAGAAAAAGAUGGGAAAAAGACCAAUGGAAAGAGGGACUUUGCAGAAGUUUGCAGCCAGGGGCAAGCCUCAGCAGCACACCAGAGCACCAGGUGCAGGUAAAGUGACAAAACCGUCCUCGUCAGACUCCCCAGCACACCUCCACCCGUCCUGGGCAGCCAAACGCAAGCAGAAGGAGCAAGCCGGACAGAUCGCCGCCUUCCAGGGCAAGAAGAUCGUGUUUGACGACUGAUGUGUCACCAACUUACCAUUAUCAAAAAGUAAAACAUUGCUAUACUGCAGUACAGCUGGAUGCCAGGCUACUACAUUAGAUGUGAUGAUGGUGUAGUCCCCAUUGUUGACUUGUGCCAAACGGAAGCAGAAGGAAAAGGCCGGACAGAUCGCCGCCUUCCAGGGCAAGAAGAUCUUGUUUGACGACUGAUGUGUUACCAACUUACCAUGAUCAAAAAGUAAAAUAUUACACAAUACUCCACACUGCAGCUAGGUGGCACUGCUGUAGUGUGAAGAAUGCGGCCCCAAAUAUGACUGAGUUUAUAUCCCCCUCACAAGUUCAUGACUGCAGUAGACAGUCAUCGAAAUGUCAGCUACGUAUAAACUAUUUGGUUGUGUGCAAGGAACUUAAAAAUUGUUCUGUAGUAAUUUACAUACCUGAUGAAACUAUUCAUGGCUGAUCUGUUACUGUUAUUACAAAGUUAGCAGCACAAUAUAUUAUGUACUGUAGACUGUACAGUGGUCCUUUUGUUAGAUGUCCUCAUCCUGAUAGUGGUAACUUCCCCUUUUCAUUAGAGGCUGUAACCAAAUAUUUGACAACAAAUUUCACAAAGAACAAUUUUUUAAAAUUCUGUUGUCCAUACUUUUAUGUCAUAUCAUAUUCCUAUAAUAUAAUCAAGGGUCAAAUAAUCGAAUUUUGGUCUCAC